GGGAGGCUGUGAGUGACAGACGCGUGAAGCAGAAGCUCUGACGCGUUUCUUCAUUUUACAUUUGAGACAUUUCGGUUUUGGAAUAUUAAAUAAACAUCCACCUCAGAAUCGACAUGUCGGCGAAGGCCUUCCGGCGAGUGGACGUGGACGAGUACGACGAGAACAAGUUCGUGGACGAGGAGGACGGAGGAGACAACCAGCUGGGUCCGGACGAGGCGGAGGUGGACUCCCUCAUCAGACAAGGAAACCUCACGGAGGCUUUACUCGCCGUUCUGAAGAACCCACCAAUCAACACCAAGAACCAGAACGUCAAGGAGCGUGCUGAGGGUCUGGUGCUGAAGGUGCUCACUGCCUUUAAGAGCAGUGACAUCGAGAAGGGGGUGCAGGCUCUGGACAAGAACGGCGUGGACCUGCUGAUGAAAUACAUCUACAAGGGCUUCGAGAGGCCGUCGGAGAACAGCAGCGCCGUCCUGCUGCAGUGGCACGAGAAGGCUCUGGCAGCUGGAGGGGUGGGCAGCAUCGUGCGGGUUCUAACAGCGAGGAAGACUGUCUAACAGAGGAACAGAAGAUCGGUUCAGUCCACAUCUCCGAUAGAUCCAAGGGAAGCAUGUCACUGUACUGUUCAUGUAAUAAUAAUACACAUGGCAUAAGGAGCUAAAAUGGAAAAACUUGAUUUUUAACACAAUGUGAGUGAAAAGAAAAGAAAAUCAUAUGAUCUGGGUCACGUCGUGUUAAAUAUGGUUUUUCUUGUUUCUUCCUAUGCAUGAUCACAACCGAGUAAAUCCUCACAGGGUGCUACAGGUAACUUCUCUUAAACUCUGUGUCUGUUCCAGUCCCGUAACAUGUGUUCAGUUCAUACACCAGUGGUUCCCAACCUGAGGGCUGUGAUCUAAAUCUGAGGGCUCACAAAACGAUUAAGAGUGCUGGAAAGAGACCAAAAUCUCCUGAUAUACAAAAAUCAUCUACGUUUUGAAAAAUCUAAAUUUUUGGGUGAAUUACUGGAUCAUUUCCUGUAUCAACCUCUAGAAUACUUCAAAUAGAACAAGGAAUCACUUCUGUCUUUGUUCCAAGUAGACAAAUAUUCAAGUCACAAGGAUUCGCAAGUCGUCCUCCUUUGUUUUUAAGAUCACAAACCUAAAAGGUUGAGAACCACUGAUAUGAAAACCACCUCCACUCUCAGCAUGAGAGCACAACCACAGGGACGACUCCCCCCCCACUGACCUCCACCCAAACACACCUUCUGUGUUCGGGUGGAGUUCAGCUUCUGCUUCGUCUCACUCAGGAAAACCUUCCUUCCUGAUGGAAUAAUAAAAAAAAAAGCCUGAUCUCAGUCAGUAAAUCCUCUCGCUGCGUCUCACUGUUACACUUCAGCAGCGGGGGG